UAGGGCCGGAGGCGGCGGCGGCGGCAGCAAGGGGCUGAGGAAGGCGAAGGGGACAUAAGCGGCCGCAGCGAUGGUGGCGGGGGCUCCUGAGGGAGGAGGCCAUUGAGGUUACUGACAGGCUUUCCGAAGGACAUCGGUAGGCACGUCUCUCUCUCCGCUCUCCGGCUGGCAGUAGCUCAAGUGAGGUACCGCGCUCGGGAGGGCGGGAGGGGUUGACUGACUGACUGACUGGACGCGGCGGGGGCGCACCUGAAGCGCCGCCACUUUCUCGCGGAGCGGAGAUGCGGUGACAGCGUCCCUUCCUUUGGACCUCGUCGCGGGCAGCACCCGCCAGUGAUUCGGUGCGUCGGUCUCCCUUUGCCGUUUUGACUUUGAGCGUCUUUUUGCUUCCCAUAAAAUCUCCGUAUCCUACUUACAAGCCUUAUGGGAUGUCCUUGGCGUUGUCUUGUCCCAUAGGUAUUCCUCCCGCAUCGCCACGCUUCAUGCUUAGGAAGAAUGCUUGUUGGAGGACAGUGCCCCAGUCGUCAUGGUAAGCAGCAUUCUUGGAGGAUGUGUGUGUAAGCCUAAGAAGGUGACCACGUAACAUAGUGGUGAAGCAUAUGCUUUAUAUGCAGAAAGUACAGAUUCAGUUCUAGCAACUCUAGUUAAAGAGAUCUUGGAUAACAAGGAUUGGAAAGACUUCUGCCUGAUACCUAAGACAGCCGUUACUAGCCAGAGUAGACAAUACCAGAUUCAUCUGGUAAGUCCCAUUUGGUGUAAACCACAUUUGUAUGUUCAUAGGUUGUUAAUGUUUGUUUUACACGUUAGAGUAAAAUUGAACACUUAGACUUUAGAUUUGAACCAGACCUCAGAAUCUCUGGUUUCCGUACUGUUGCCUUCUUGGCUUCAGAACUGAAGAAUAACUGUGCAGAGUUAACAAGAGGCAGUAUUGUAUUUAACUAUUCAGCAGCAUAGUAAAUUAUUAAGCUGGUAUUAGAGGGUGAAUGAGUUAUUUAUGUAUUACAGUAUAAUGUAUAUCUGUUGCAAUGCUAUGUGCUGCUGGAAGGCCAUAAUAUAUCAUAAGCUGUUCUGUUGUGUUUUUAUGUAUGCUGUUUUUAAAAUGGCUAUAUCUGAAAAUAAGGACUAAUACCCCUCUUGUGCACAAUAAUGAAAGCUCACAUGUAAGUGAUAUGUGAACUUAACUUCAUAUGAGCUGCUCCUUGUUAAUUAGUGAAAUUAUUCAUUUGUCUAUACAGCAUGGGUAAUUUCUGUUCUUCUGCUUGGUGUUUUGCUUCUCAUGGUCUGUAUCCUCUGGUUUGGAAGCAUCCUCUUCUUUUAAUUAACCUGGCCAGAUAGGAAGUGUGUUCUCUGUUGUUUUAGGGAGAUACAAAUAUCUGUUGUACUCUAAGGUACUAUGAGCAUUUUUUCCAUGUGGAAAUCAUUUAUACUUCAGGAACAUACAAUACUUGAAAUAAGCUUGAGGAAGUAAAGCCUUACUUAAUUUUAGUUUUGUGGCCUGUAUGGGAAGAACUUAAAACAGCCUUUCCCAACUUUGGGUCUCCAGAUACAACCUCCUACCACCUUAUACCUCCUGUUUUCUCUAGCUGAUGGCCAUGUUGGUUGUGGGUAAUGAGAGUUGUAGUUCAACACAACCAGGGGCCCAUGGUUGGAAAUGUUUCUAUAAAAGGUCCAUGACUAGUAUAAAAUGAUUGAUGGUCAAAACAUAUUAAGGGAUUGUUCUCUUGUGGAAGAUGCUUGCAUGUAGAAGCUGAGAGAGUUUUGAAGAAUGUAUCUUUACUCUGGCCAAUAUCUAAUAGACACAUAACUAAAGAUAUAGUCUUAUUGCUAUUUCUAGUUUGUAUUCCUAUAUAGUCACUUUACAAUGGAUAUCGGAUAUUGUCUGUAAUUUGAUUAUGAAUUCACAAUAACAAGGAUACAAUUAUAAAAUUGAUCUUAGGAAAAAUUAUACCUUGUUCUUCAGAUUAAUUUAAGAAAAAAUAUAUUUACUGACUAAAAAGCUUGAUAUGUAUGCCUAAAACUGUCUAAGGUUGUUUCAUGUCAGCGUUCCAAAACAAAUUCUUCAGUUGAAUAUUGUAUAUCUUACUCUAAAUAUGUACACAUAUGGAAAUGAUAGAUAGAGAGAAAACUGACUAGAACAUUUAUUCCGGAAAAACAGUUCUAAGAUAUAUGUAUUCUAUUUUUAUUUUUAAUCUACCAAUAACCAGUGUUUUGCGGACAGCUUACAAGCAAUUAAUAGACUAAAAUACUAUAAAAAACUGUUGAAAACGUAAUGUAAAAUACAAAUACAAUACACAUAUUUAAAAGAACAAAGUAUAAUACAGUCUAAAACUAGGUUUUUAAAAUGACUGGGCGGAAAAUAAAGCUGCGAAAAAAAUAACAAAGGUAACAGACAAAUGUCUUUGGAGCAAUCAUUCCAUAAUUGCUAAGACGACCUACUCUUUUGUAGCCACCUGCCCAGCUUCCUCUGGUGGGAGUACCUGGAGAAGUGCCUCUAAAGAUAAUCUAAGCAUCUGAGCAGAGGUGAAAAAGGAGUAGAAGUUGCAAGAAAAUGCUUGGAUCAGAACGUGGCGUAGUAGAAGAAUGGCUUUCCGAAUUCAAGGCAUUACCUGAAAUGCAGAUCUCCAGUUAUGCAGCAACACUUCACCGGAAGAAAUCAUUGGUGCCCGCUCUUUAUAAGGUCAUUCAUGAUCCAAACAAUGAGCUUCUGGAACCUGUCUGCCACCAACUCUUUGAACUUUAUCGUAGUUCUGAAGUUCGUCUCAAAAGGUUCACAUUGCAGUUCUUGCCAGAACUGAUCUGGGUUUAUCUGCGUCUUACUGCCAGCAAAGAUAGGCAGAGUAAUGGUUGCAUUGAAGCCCUGCUUCUAGGAAUUUACAACUUGGAAAUCGCUGACAAAGAUGGAAACAAUAAAGUCCUGUCUUUCACCAUCCCUUCCUUAUCCAAGCCAUCAAUUUAUCAUGAGCCAUCUACUAUUGGAUCCAUGGCUUUAACUGAGGGAGCCCUGUGCCAGCAUGACCUGAUCAGAGUAGUUUAUAGUGACCUUCACCCUCAGAGAGAAACAUUCACUGCGCAGAACAGGUUUGAGGUGCUGAGCUUUCUUAUGCUGUGCUACAACUCUGCUAUUGUCUAUAUGCCUGCCUCUUCCUAUCAGUCACUUUGCAGGAUGGGUUCCAGGCUCUGUGUGAGUGGGUUUCCACGGCAAAAUGACAAAUGCUGGAAGGAAGACUGUGGAAGAGUAGUACUGGAUCCUGACUUCAUGGUACAACUACUCACUGGGGUCUAUUAUGCUGUUUACAAUGGACAGUGGGAACUUGGCCAGGAAGCACUGGAUGACAUAAUUUACAGAGCACAGCUUGAACUCUAUUCUCAGCCACUGUUGGUUGCAAAUGCUAUGAAGAACUCCUUACCCUUCGAUGCUCCUGAUGCAUCACAAGGAGGACAGAAGGUGUUGAAAGUGGAGGUCACUCCAACAGUGCCGAGAAUUUCUCGGACUGCCAUUACAACAGCUUCAAUCCGCCGACAUCGCUGGAGAAGAGAAGAUGGCUUUGACUUCUCAAAUGAUGCUGACUUGAGUAUCCCCGGAUCUCCGAUCCUACACGGCUUCACAGACCUAGGGAUCAAACGCAAGCAAGAGGGGGACGUGCUGGUGCUCAGGACCCCUGAGCAUGGCUCACCGGAGCCCAACUUGGCAACAGCCACAACAGAGGAUGCAGAGGGUAUCAAUGGAAGACAAGAAUCGGUGAACCUUAAUGAUGCUGAUGAAGGAUUUUCAUCUGGAGCAUCCCUGAGCAGCCAGCCAGUUGGGAUGAAACCUUCUUCUGCAUCCCAAAGAGGCAGCUUAAGGAAAGGAGCAAGCGGGCGUCUGGCCAAGGACAAAGAGAUUGGCUCUGCUACCAAAUCUAUUGAGAGCCCUCGAGAAUCUGCCUGCAAGCAGUACCUGCACCAAUCAGUAGACCUCAGUACAGACACAAUUGAAAUGACUCCUACAAAGAAACACUUGAGCCUGCCUGCUGGGCAGGUGGUGCCAAAAGCCAAUAGCGUAAGCCUGAUCCGGACUGCUAGUGCUUCUUCCAGUAAAUCAUUUGACUAUGUGAAUGGCAGUCAAGUGGGUUCUGGUGUUGGUAUUGGUGGUGAUGGUGUCACUAAUUUAGCAGCUGGCAACACCAAUCGGUUUUCAACUAUUAGUCUACAGGAGGACCACUUAGGCCAAGCUGGAAAUGGUAAAGAAGUCCUCUCGCCAGGAGCUCCUCUGACCAAGCAGUCCCGAUCCCCAAGUUUCAAUAUGCAACUGAUAUCCCAGGUUUAACUUUAUGGUCCUUCCUCUUCUUUUCCCUGUUAUCCUGUUCUUUGACCAACACCUGCAAUCUAUAGUGUGGAAAUGCUGGCUUUUGUGAUCUUGUUUGAUUCAUUUUAGAUAUCAUACUAUAUUUUGUACUGAAACAGCAAUAAAACCUCAUGUUCUAUCCCCUCCUCCUCCUCUCUCUCCUCUCCCCCGAUAAAUGUGGUUGUGAAGCAGUAUAAAAUGUAUUUUAUGCCUUUUCCAUGCCUUCCUUUCUCCUUGGGUGAUGUGCAAUCCAUUGUAGGCUGAUCAGUCCCAUUUCAACACUGUGAGUCCUGAGAAGAUCAGAGGAAAUGGUGAAUGUGAUCCCUAUGAAAAUGAAGCUUUUGAUUUUUUUGAGAAAUAGAAACGGGUUAGCUUUCUCAAUCUACAGUUCUGCAAAGACUACUGGAUUGUGACUUUUUGUCUUUUGGAACCAGGAGUGCCUCAGAGAUUCUAGUAGGACUUUGGACCUCUGAGUUAGUGCAAUCAGUUCUGGGGGAGGGGAAUGCUGUUAUUGCUCCCGGUGGCUGUCUAGAUGCACUUUGUUACGAAAAUGAGACCCUCCUCCUCUACCAUGCUCCACUCAUACACUCUGAAAAUGUUUAGCAACUGAGUUGUUAUUGUUUCCUCCUCAGAAAGAGUGGGCUGUAAGUAGACAACAUAGGUUACAGUGCUGUUUUAAUGGCAUUGUAUCCAUGUUUAAUGUUACAUGUCUUCCCCCUCCAGGACACAGGGUUGCUUUGUCUGUAUGCUAAGAUCUUUGAAUGAUGAAUUAUGCUUAAAAUAAUUAUGACAUAGAAGAUGGGCACACGGGAUUUCCAAGAAUUACUAUUUAAGUAAUGCUCCUUUUAAAAGAACUUUAGUUUUGUAAGUUGAUGAUAUCUGAAAUGAACAAAAACAACUGCGGAUUAAGUGUGGGAAUUUUUUAGGUUGCUUGGUGUAGUGUGAUUAAAUUUAUUCACAGAAUAAACUCAGAAAUCUGCUGUAAAGUCAAAAUAUUCUCUAGCAGAAUGUGCCAGGGACAGAUGUCAUGCUUGCUGAACACACCUGAGGCAUCAGGAUUCCCUUAACAUCAUUGCCCACAGUGGGGGUUUUGGUAGUCCUCUCUCAGAAAGAUAACAGUUCACCGCCUAUAUUUUAAUUAAUCCAUUGCAGUUGUGAUUAUUUCAUCUAGCUAAUGUGUAUGUGGGAGGGGCAAGACAUUAUCUCCCCCAGCUCUCAUAAUCUGAAAACUCAUACCAUUCAACCUGAUCUUGAAUGCAUGUGAUUGGUGUGUGGACAAUAUUUGGCAAAUAUGCUGUAGAUCACUGCUUUAAAUGGCAUUUCUUAUACUAAAGCAAAGUAUUCAUCAUAUUUUAGACAGUUUUGUAUAUACAUAGGAAGCAAAAAAGGGUGCUUUACCCUUUUGUCUUGCUGUAUGUUGACCUGGAAAUGUGCAGGUUAUUAAUCUAAAGAACAGAUAUAUGUUAUAUUUUCCCCCCACUGGCAGUUUUCGUUCAUUACAUCGGGAAGGAAAUUAGAGGAAUAGAAACAUAAUAGGUUAUUUUUAGAUUGCUUAAAGACUAUGAUAUUCAGAAUUACCAAGUGCCAUUACUCUACUAAAGAAAAAUUAAAAUGAGUCUUAAAAUGUAAUUGACAGCUUCUAAGUCUUGUUCUUUUCUCCCUGACUCUCUUAAUUGGAAAUAGGACUUUUUCAAACAAAACUUAACCAAGCUAAUUAUUUUUUAAACCGUAAAAUUGCUGCAAGAGUUACAGUUGCUUUAUAAGGACCCUUACUGAAACAAGUCUAUUCUUAAAUCAUUAAAUACCAUAUUAUUGAAACUCAGGAAGGUUAAUCUCUGAUUAAUUGCAAUUACUAAAUAUCCAGAGUAAUAUUAAACAAUAUGUUUGGUGUAGACAAGGCCUCUUAUGGUUUGCUAAAAUAAGAAAAAGAACACUUCAGAAGAUUUUUAUGAUCCUUCAGGGGGCUCUGACCAUACUUAUCUGUUUUCUAGAAUACUGUGGAAUCCACACUUAAUCCAGCAAUUAUGGUUCUGCAGAAACAUUCCCUUCUUUGAUAAUAGAAACUAUUGUCAGGAUCCAAAGAGCUGCUUAUCUAGUUUCAUGGCCUUAAGAAAACUUGUUUGUGUCUGUUAAACAGUUGCUAACUGCACAACAUAUGAAGCCAUGUUUGAAUCUGGGAGAACUUUAAAACACUGAUUUGGAUGUGGCAUGGACGGCAUGGUAUAGUGCCCAUCGUUUAAGUGGAUUUUUAAACUGUUUAAAAUCUUAUUGGACGUGUGCAAUGCCAUGAGUGCAGUAAAGUAGCUUUUUGGAUCCUUGUCUGUGUAUUCUACACAGAUGAAACCAAAAGGGAAUCUCUAAGUUAUGGGGAAACCACUAUGACUAGGACCAAAUUGUUUCUUGCAUUUGUUCUUUUGGAAGAAAUUGAAGCCAGAUGUUCAAAAUAGUUUUAAAAGACUACGCCAGCAUAUUUGGACGUGUGGUUGUAUGCACACAAUAUGCAGAAAUACAUAUUAUACAUAAUGAUAAUUGGUAGCCCUGCUAUCAAAUCUGAAUGUGUUGAACUGUAAAUCUUCAUCUUAGGGGGUUUAUAGCCUUUUUUAUGAACCAAAAUACAUUGUGUCUUGUUAGCACAUUUAAAAUUACAAACAUUGUCUGAGUGUGUGCGUGCAUGUGUGUUGGGGGUGAUGGUUGAGUCAUUUGUGGGUGCUGUAACCCAAACCAUUUAACUGGUUCUUUUCUGCUGUGCGGCAAAACGUCCUAUACUUUUUUUAGUGCCUUUUGGCGUAUUUUAAAAUCAAAUCCGUUACAAAUAUUGCUUGCUGUUUUUCCUCUUACCUUAUGUUCCUUGUAUACUUUAGAAAAACCAUUCAGAUUCCAUCUCUUUAAUAUGCAAUUAUCCCAUACAAUGGACUCAGCUGGUAUGCUUACUCUGUCCUAAUGGUCUUUUUAUGUUCUAUGACAGACAAAUGCUGCUGAAUGUCUUUCCUUAAAGGUGUGUCUCUUAUCUGUUGAUGUUAAGCAGUUAUUUUAACGGGUCCUGUAGGUGCUGUUUCAACUUCUGUUGAUGUAUCUGCUGCUCUGUGCUAAGGUCUCCCAAAGUUACAUUGAAAACACUGUACAGAUGCUUUUUGCAUGUAAGUGUUGGUUCAAUCCAGAUGUACCAUUUUCUUCAAUUUCUGAUUAAUGGCUGAGAUUGCCCCCAAGCAUGAUCCUCGUACGAUCCUCUCCUUAUUCCUCGAGUCUUCACAUUCCUUGUCCUCUUUCUCACUCAAUCCCCUUUCCUUUCAGUUAUUACCCUUUUGAGUUCCAUAUUGCUUAAAGUGUGUGCGCACACAACUAAAUCUAGAAAUAUGCACCCUCAGUUUUUCUUGAUGUAAAACUAGCAUUCAAGUGCUGGUUUAAAGCUAACUCUGUUUUUAGCAUUUGGCUUUUGCAAAAACAACGCUAACAGUACUUAAUCUUAAAAGGAAGAGGGGAAGAGGCAAACUGUGUGGAGCCCAAGGGCACUACCAGUCUUUCAGAGAUUGAAGAAAUGUUACACUUUCACUGAGCCACUUUCUGUGUUUUUAAGUGAUUGACAGUGGAAUGAAAUCAAACAGCAUUGAAUUAAGAUAAAAAGGCUAGAGAUGACAGAUUUGUUUUAUAAGCAGUUUACACACUGAAUUUUAUGUAAAGUUGUUCUCUCGUAUCUAUAUGACAAAAACAGAAGUUUUCAUUUUAAAUUCUUUAUGCAUUAUCACUGUUAUAGCUACAAUUAUAUAUUGAUGUGAGCUCUUUAUAGUAUUUUGUUUUGGAAGAGCACAGGAAAAGAACAGGACACUUAUAUAUAAACUGAAUACCUGUAGAUGGAUAUUGGGGUGGGGGAUCUUAGUUGAAAAUACAACAUUCAUAUCAUUCCUUACAGGGAAGGUUAUGAGCAGAAAUGGGUAGGAAGAUGGUCUGAUGAAGCCUUUUUCUGAUUGCAUCCCUCUGUGAGGGAAUAAUAUGCUUAAAUGUUUUCACAAAUAAUACAUGGCCAUUAAUUUUGUCCCAAGCUUUACGUAUGAGGAGGAAGUGUAAUAUGCAAUUGCAAACUGAUGGAAUUUUGAAUCCAGCCUUUUUAUUAUUAUAGCUAUGUUUGCGGUAUUUUUUGUUAUACCACAAAUAUUCCCAACAGAUUAAAACAGGAAAAAAUCACAGAAUGAGAGAGAGCACAUGGAGCACCAGCACCAGUAGUACUUAUACCACCCUCUCAUGGGGUACCAUAACUUGGUCCCACUCAGCCACCUCAGGAGUUUUUUUAGAAUUUUCAGGAACCCUCAGUAACCACAGAAGUAAAUGGGAGGAAUUAAAAUCUACCCUUUCUGGAGCAGCUGGAAAUUUGGGGAAAUGUUGAAAUGAUAGAGGACAGUGAGAACUGUCAGUGAAACACUUCUAAAAUCCAGAGGAUUACAUUGUUGAGGAUGUGAUAUUGUAAACAUCCUCUUUUGAUGCACCCACUUUUGUGGGGUUUUCUCCCUUUUGAAUUGAUGUAGGCAGUUGACAACUGUGCAAGAAUUAGUCUAUAUCUCACCUUCUUAAUUUCCAUGUUCUGUUAAUUAUUCCACUUCACUGCUUUCUUUGAUAGCUGAAAUUUUACAGGGCCAUUGAUGAGUCAAGGCUACAUAUAUUGGCCAGCUGCAAGUGUGCACUUACACAUCUGUGAAAUACCAACAAAAAUAAUUUUUAAAAUUACACAGUUGUCCAGUUUUCUAGGGCUGGAGGAAAAACCUGACUCCAGUUGUGCUUCCUUGAAGCUCCUAAAACAAACAAAGCAACAAAAAACCAAAACAGACAAAAACCAACAGUAGCAACAAAAAAGGGCAGCAGUUAGAGUGGUGGGGAGGGACAAGAUGGGUUCGGCCAUGGCAUACUGGCAAGGGGACCCAAGGAAAAAAUAAGCCACAGUACGCCUGAUCAUUUACUGUUCCAUGAACAACCCACACUGCACAGCCUAUUCACAGGGUGGUUUAACAUACAAUUUCAAGUUAAUCAACAGACAUCUUACCAAGAUUUGAGCAUUUUAGUCAUUUCAGUGGUGUUUUAUUAAGGAGCAAUUUUUCAUAAAGCAGGAAUAAUGUCCAAGAUAACAGCAAGAUUGACCCAAAAAAGAUUAAGCAUUGUAUUAACUAUGAAAACAUACCUAAUUGUACAUCACGAGCUAUGACAGGUGGUUCAGUUCUUUAAAAAUAUAUGCAUAUUUCUGUACUGAAAUAAUAUAUUCAUAGCAGUGAGGAUGUAUGACUGGAAAUAUAUAAGAGCAUCUGAUACAAACAUGUAGUGUGUUUGGUCUCUUGUCUCUCUAAAUUUAAAAUUUAUAAUAUUUUGCUAUUGAAAAAAAUGUUUUCAAUUUAUUUGAACUAUUUUCUGAACAGUAACAUUAGAGAAACAGAUUUUUUUCUUCCUGUAUGGGAAGUGUGUUUAUGUGAACAGUUGCGUACAUCUGUCAUGUGUUAACAACUGCCACAGUCAUUAUGUAAGCAGUAUGUAAAUAUACCCAUAAUCUCAUAAGGCAAGACAUAGACCUAAAAACAUGCAAAACUACUGUGUUGUUACUGCUUCUUUAAAAAUCUUAUUUUUUAACCAUCAAUAUUUAUCUGGGAAAGGGAAAUGAUUUCUGCAGUUAAUGACGAAUAGUGCUUGAAGGAGUAAUUUUGGAUUACAUUUGGCCAUGAUUUUCCCUUUUGAAUACACAAAAUUUAUUCAAAAAUUAAGAUUAGACUGAUAAGAACUCUUAAAUAAAAUGGUUAAAACAUAGAGUCAAACCUAACCAAAUAUUAUGUUGAAAUUAUAAUUUCAGAAGUUCUAUUUCAUAAAAUCACAUGGCUUUAUUCAGAAAUAUGCAAAACAUUGUUUCUUCUAGCUUUACCACUCAAAAUGUAACUGACAAAACCUUCAGGUUCAACUGGUAAUACUUAAGACAUUGACUUAAUACAUUGCCUAGUAUUAAAUGAAUGGGGUGUUAAUAGAGUAUGUACGUAAAACCUUCAGGUAGAUUCUGAUUGAUUUGGUAUCAUUCCACCAGUUUAAAAUACAUAAAGCAGUUAAGUACAAGAAUGCAGAGUAUACUUACGGGUUAUGGAAAUCCAUGAGGCAAAUGCUUUAACAGCAUGUUGGAUCUGUGGGAACUGAGCACUCAUUUUCCAUUGAUUUCUGCAUGUCUUAAAUCAUGACCAGAUUUUUUCCACCAACUAUGAUCAUUCUUUUUUGUAAGGUUCCCUGUCCUUGGAUGGAAUCCAAGAUUUUACCGUUUUAGAUCCAAAUAUUAUGUAGGCUUACUCUCAAGUGCUUGUCAAUGUUCCUUUGAUUUUCAUGAUCUUUAAAGAAUGAAACAAAACCUGACACCCCAUUGGCUUUGAUACCAUAAAGCAAACUGCUUUAGGAACUUUCUUCAGUUCUUACAGCUGUUUGCCAUAUGGACUGCUGCUUUACCAGUGGCAGUUCUAAUCCUGGGCUUGAAGAACUAUUUUUAUGGGGUUUGAACUCUGGGUACUAUUUAUAAUUUCACACAGUAUUCUGACUAUGUGUGCAGUAAUUAAUUUGAAUAAUCAAAGUUCUUCCCUAGAUUUGGUAAAUAGACUGUAUUCAUCAAAUCUGAAGAAUUCCAGAGUGCAAAUGACAGGAAUUUUGAACAUCCGCAUAUAUGUUCAUUCAUCAUCUGUUUAAAAAAAUCCUAAUUCCAAGUUUGCAUCAAUAGCAAAAUGCAGAAGUUUGAAUAUGAAGACAUAGCCAUUAUAAAUAAAUGCUUUUCUGUAUGUCUUUGAGAUGAUUAAGGCUGGGUCUUGCAGCUGCAUAAAUCACAAUUUGUUCUGUAAUCAACUUUAGAAGUAGAAUUUUCAGAUUUAGAAUGGGCACAGGGAUUUUUAUUUUGGAUGAAUUUCAUAAUUGUGCGUUGACACUAGUGUAAACCAAGGCUUACACAAGUGUCGGUAGUGCUUGUUAGCACAACGUCAAUGCAAGAAAGCACUAUCAGUGUUGUACAAGCAUUGGUUUGUACUAGUGUACGGAUACUGCUGGAUCCUUCCCUUUGUCCCUGAAAGUCUUGCUUAAAAAUGGACCGAAUCUUCAAUACAUAUCAUUAAUCUUUUAAAUUAAAACUGGUCUAUUCUUUUCCAGUACUAUUAGACAAUGUAGAGAAAUAGUAAAAAAGUAUUUCUGUAUUAAAGCUUGUUGUGUUAAAAUGUUGUUGUGUUUUGAGACCUUGAUUUGCAAGCUAAAUAGGUUUUGCAACAUGAUAGAACUCAUGCAUAUUUUGACAUUUAUCAUUCAUUUUAAAAACUGAAUUCAAAAUGGCUGUCUCUUGAUUUAGAUGCUGAAAAAUUAAAUGCUUAGAGCAGGCUUCCCCAACUUGGUACCCUCUCAAAAUCUAUUAGACUCCCAGAUGGGAUUUUUACUCUGAUAUACACCUCAAUGAUGCCAAAUUGGGAAAGCCUUGCAUUAUAGCAUACUUUUUAAUUUAGAAGGGACCAAGAUGCCUCAUUUUCUGGCACUAACACUAAAAAUUUCUUCAGUUAAUAGCCCAUGUAGUUUGAUCAGGACCCAGGUCCUUACCCUGCAAAUAAAAGGACUGCAAAUCAGCAUAGAAGAAACCUGAUUUUCCUUAAGUUUACCCAACUUACAUUUCUCAUAGCUUAAAAGUUUGUUAAAUACACAUCAAUAGGGUUUCUAACUUGUAAUGUUUUGAUGUAAGGAUCCUUCUGGAUGAGCAUGUUAAUAACAACUGUGUAUGCACAACUGUUUCGUUUUCAGUUCUCAGCAUUAAUGUAUAAAUUGUGGGAAAGGGCAUUAGUAAUUCUAUUCUGGUUAUUUUUGUUUAGCUAAUGGUUUGUAUAAAGGAAUCUCUACUGGGGAGGACACAUUUUCCAUAUAAUCACAGUGUUCUGAUUAUUUGUCUGUCACUUAAUUCAUCUUAAAAGUACGCUCUUAGGUCCGCAUAGUUCUUUUACAAACUAUUAUUUGUUAUAUAUUGUGGAUGGCGAUAUCCUGGUAAAUUUUUAAUGUUUGUAACAAGAGCCCGUUUUACAGUUAAUCUUAGGAUUCUUACUGUUUCUGCAGGAAGUGUAGUUAGUUUGACAAGCAUAUAUAAUCUCCUAAUGUUGAAAUCCUCCUAACCCCAACCCAUACUGUCCCUCAUACAAAGGUUUAGUUCUGAACUAAGAUUUUUGAAGGAUUUUUACUCGUUUGGCAUUAUGUAACCUAUUUACCUCGUGCACAAAAGGAGCAUAGGCAGAAAAUACCCCGCUUACUGUAGACAAAAUAUAUUUGGCCAAAAGACUUGAACUGUGUUACUAUUCCACCAGCAUGAACAUGCAUGUUGGUAUGACACCCAAAUUAUUCAGAAUUUGGUACUGGCGAAAUGCUUAUUAAAAUGGGUAUGUAAUAAAUGCAGUCUUCAUGGUGUUGGGACCCUAAGCUGGGACCUGUGAACAACUUGUAUUAACAGAGCUCAGAUGACAUAUUUGAAGAUCAUUAUAUUGGUGCAUGUGAGCCAUUAUUUUAACUGUCUUACUGAAUCUGGUUAAUGCCGUUGACUGUUGUUGAAAUGUGAAAUGUAGUUAACUGUUGACCUUGUAAAUAUCUGCCAGAUAUAGAUAAUAUUUUAAAUUGUUGUAAAUACAGGUGUAUAAAAUUGAAACAAAUCUGCAAUGCAGAAUAUAUAUAUAUAUAAAUAUAUAUAAAUAUAAAAAGAUGUUUAAAUAAAUAUUGUGCUGUUUCUGGAAAAA